UUGUAUCAAACAGCAAAUUUAAGUCAACCGUAAAAUAAUGUCCGGCAACUUUUGCAAUGUAGUUUCUCUUUUGGUUUUUUGGGUUUGUUAUUUUCAGUUUGUUCAUUGUGGAUUUUCUACUACAAAGAUAGGACCGCCGCCCAUAUGGAACUCAACGCACACCGAUAAGUUGAGACAGGAUCUUCUGCUUAACUAUGAUAAGUUCGCAAGGCCGGCUCAACACUACAACACGACCAUCGUAAAAUUCGGCAUAUCAAUUUACCAUGUCGAAGUGGACGAGUUCAAGUCUACUAUGACCGUCCAUUCUUGGCUUAGGCUGAUGUGGACUGAUGAAAAACUUAAAUGGAGCCCGGCAGAUUACGGUAACCUUGAAACACUGAAUCUUGCCGAUCACGAAAUUUGGCAACCCGAUGUUUUCCUAUAUAACAGUGCCACAGCAGCCACCAUAAACCACUACGCCAACACCCAUUGCAUAGUCUACGAAAAUGGAGAGGUCCUUUGGGUACCACCAACUCAAUUUACAGUGCUUUGCCAGCUGAAUUUAAGAUAUUGGCCCUUUGAUACACAGGAGUGCUUCUUGAAAUUUGGUUCUUGGACUUACAAUGGUGACCAAAUCGACCUGGAAAUUAUGCAAAAUCAAACCGUUGUUGAAAAGUCAGAACUGAUGAUACAAAAUUCGGAAUGGAACAUGGUACAGGCAUCCUUAAAAAAAUCGGUCAUUUAUUAUUCUUGCUGUAAGGAACCUUACCCCGACAUAACCAUAACUUUGAAUUUAGAAAGGGUUUCUCCAAGCUAUAGAGCUAUAAUUGUAACACCUGCAUUUGUGAUAAUCCUGUUAACGCUUAUAUCAUUUUGGCUGCCCCCUUCAGCAGGAGAAAAAAUUAUUAUAAACAGUUGCACUGCUAUUAUAAUUUGUAUAUUUUUGCUAUACUUCAGUCAAAAAUUACCUGCUAUGGGGACACAUACACCGUUAAUAGUCCUAUUUUAUUGCAGUGCUUUGUAUAUAGUAAGUUUCUCCUUGAUUGGAUCUGUGAUAGUUAUUUGGAUCUCAAGAACACAACACACCAAUUCUUUGCCGUGGAUUUUAAAGAAACCCCUUACUGGGACGUUUGGAAGUUUGUUGGGGCUUGGAACUUACAUGCAACAUUCAAGUAUUACCACCACGCAUAGAGUGACAGCUGAGGAGAUGCGCGAUCAUCAAGUGACGGAUUUUGAUGAUCACAGCAGCGAUGAAAAUCACAUCAUCAGAACUUCUUCCGUGAAACCGUCAGUUCAACACGAUUGGAUUUUGUUUGCCGCUGCGAUCGAUAGAAUCUCGUUUUGUUUUUAUUGUUUUUUGUUCGCUAUUUUGGCCAUUGUUUAUGCGAUUUAAGUUUACGUGGUAUUUAUGUUUAGAUUAGGCCCUAGGUAAUUU